UCCAUACCUAGGACGCAAAAUGCCAAGGCUAACAUGCUCCACAUGUCGAAUUUGCGCGUCAGGGCCUGGUCAUGGCCCAUCGCCGCGAGAUCGUGAGCAUCUUGCACACUUUGAUCAACCAAGUGUGGUUUAAGGGGCUGGGAGUUGGAUUCCAGGUCCAUACGGAGAUGUAAUCACGUAUGACAAGAUGAUGAGAGUUCAGCCAAGGGGUGGACGAGUUGAUUCGAUGGGCAAGUGGUGUACCCUACUGUCCAUUUUCUGCGCGUACUUUUUUUCUGGAGGGAAAAUUUUCCAAGGAGCUGACGCCGGGGGUUCAUUCAUAUAUCAAACCCGGGCAGCCUAUACACGGAGAGGGGGGGGGAAAGCAAGGAGGAAGAAGCUCUGCCUCUACUUUAGUCCCCGGACGUUUUCGCACCCCCUCACUCGGGGAAGAUUAGUUGCAGAUAAUUAUCGAGAAGAGUUUAAUCAGUGGAAUUGGUCAUGGUAGCGAUCUUCCUCAGUCACUGAUAGGCAAUAAUGAUAAGUUCGCGGCUUGGAAAUCGUGACGUUGGG